AUGGCGCUUAUGGGACCUCGAAAGAGAGUGAAGCCCAGUCCGACGCCGAGCAACGAUGAGUUGGCUCCGGAUGCCCUGAGAAACGCUGUGAAUCCACCAAAGCGAGGGAGCACGAGAUGGUAUCCUGGGUCUUGGCCGGCGAUCUCCAGGGGAUCGAAGGCUGCACCUGUUACCGAGGUUGUCCGCGAAAGCAUAUCGGUCGCUAAGAAUGUCGCAUCGAAUAUCACCGCAUCUUCUUCCGUCUCCCUCUUUGAACCUCAUAAGCCCAAUAGGAACCCUACACUCCAGUUGACACGCAAGGAAGCAUCCGCCAUCCGAUCACUCCCUGCAAACGCCACAACGACUUGUAUCAACAUUGCAUCUGACGGAUCUGCAUCUACACCGACUGUACCAUCGGCGGUCGAACCUUCUCCUUCGCCUCAACCUGCAAAGCCAGGUAAUUCUAGUGAGACUGGUUUAAAGGACAUACCUGCGGAAGUAUCAGAGGGGAACACAGAAGAUCCAGUUGCUGCAAAUAAGGAAUGCGCAGAAGGUAACGCCGAUACUAGCGGAGAGGGCACCGAGCUUGGCAACAACCCUGCUCCAACAAACAGUGAAACUGCUGGGUGGUUUUCGUGGUUCUAUAGUCGGCCUCCUGCGCAGGAGAAGGUUCCUUCAUGUGAACCGGACCCGGUUCCGAGCACAGCUGAAGUAGCGACUGAGCCUAUGCCUCAAGAAGAGACCGGGGUCGAACAAAACAAUCCCCAACCAGUGGCCAGACAAGAAGAACAGGAACAACAACAGGAACGGCAAGAGCAAGAGCAACAGCAUCAGCAACAGCAACAGGAAAACGAUACACUAGAAGGCUCAUCUAGAUCGCAGAAGCGUUCGUGGUUCCAGAUGUGGAACGGAUCAUCCGAAAUGCUUAAGCAGAAGGAUGAUCAGAUUGAGCCUCCACCAGAGCCGCUUGAUCCCCCCGCUGAGCCCGCAGACAAUGUUAUGAGUGAUGUAGCAACACUUGAGCCACAUUUGCCGGAGAGUAAUCGGUAUUCUGGCUGGUCCUUUUGGGCCAGGGAACCAGCUAAGAACGAAAAACCAGGGGCAUCCUCAGAGGUUCAACCUGCAGAAGUUUCUGCAACCCAAUCGCCGCCUACAAACCCAUUGACACCCGACCCCGAUGUCGAGCUAAGAGCAGAAGUGACCAAGAAAGGAAGCGUGAGGGCAAAGAAGCCCGGAAACGAGAUUGAAACCGCAGCUAUUACUCACGACCCUCCGGUACCAGCCGUGGAAGGAUUUACCACAACUCCUUCUCCUCUUGCAAAGAAGGUCGAACCUACAGCCUCCAAACAGCUCCAGAAGGUAUUGCCGAACCAGGUUUUACCGCAUUUUAGAGACACAUUUGCAUUAAAGGACCAACCGUCCAUUUUACAGACGAUUGGUCGAUUUUUGCACUAUUCCAAAGAGCCAGAAAACAAACACGUUUAUAUGGUGAAAGAUCCGCCGCAGAUACGCAAAGCGUUAGCUAUAGGAGUACAUGGAUACUUCCCUGCUCCUUUGAUACGCAGCGUUCUAGGCCAGCCUACCGGGACGUCGAUCAGAUUCUCCAACAUGGCCGCUAAUUCUAUCCGUAAAUGGACCGAGAACCGUGGUUACAAGUGCGACAUUGAGAAAAUUGCCUUGGAAGGUGAAGGUCGCAUCGCUGAACGCGUGGAUCUACUUUGGAAACUACUGCUGAACUGGAUGGAAGAGAUCCGGAAGGCCGACUUCAUUCUACUCGCAUGUCACAGCCAGGGCGUACCCGUUGCCAUCAUGCUUGUCGCAAAACUGAUCUCGUUUGGUUGCUUAAACGCGACUCGAGUAGGGAUCUGUGCAAUGGCUGGGGUCAACCUGGGGCCUUUCCCAGACUAUAAGUCUCGCUGGAUUAGUGGAUCUGCCGGCGAGCUUUUCGAAUUUGCUCUUCCCUACAGCCAGGUCUCUAAAGACUACGAAAUAGCUCUCAAAAGCGUGCUUGGAUUUGGUGUUCGAAUAUCCUACAUUGGGAGCAUCGAUGAUCAACUCGUCUCGCUUGAGUCAUCACUCUUCUCUGCUGUUUCGCAUCCUUACAUAUAUCGGGCUGUCUUUGUGGAUGGCAGAGUCCAUGCCCCUAGCUUCCUUUCUCAUUUAGUUGGCUUUAUUCUCAAACUGCGAAACCUUGGUAUCUCAGACCAUGGCCUCAUUAAGGAACUAAGUACCCCGCUUGCUGGCAGCCUUUAUUCAGGAGAGGGGCACUCUCGUCUCUAUGACGAUGAAAACGUUUACUUACUAGCCGUCGAGUUCGCCCUAGAAACCUCUACUUUGAGCAGCACCAGUCUUGAAAUUAAGCGCGCCAACCCUUCGCCCACGCCGAAUCCUUAUAUCCUCCCCUUCGCCAUGCGAGGUAUUCUGGAAGAAGAGUACGUCCGACGCGAGCUCCAACAAGAGACCAUGGAACUGCUCAGACAGUUCGACGAUUGGAGGCCAUCCACCAAGGUGCUCCGCGAUGUCAAAUUUCGAUUGGAAGGGAUCCGAUCAAAGCUGUGA